AUGGAAGAACAGAAAAAGAUGUUUGCUGAUCGAAUGCUUUGUCUUGUGUUGGAUCUUGAUCACACUCUUCUCAAUUCAACAAAGAUGAAAUUAACUGCUGGAGAAGACGUUGAAGUUGAGUACAAAGUAGAUGGCUGGUUCUAUAAGGAAAUAGUUUUCAGGAUUCUGUAUUCCAGUGAUAAAGUGGGUAGCUUGAUAGGCAAAUCAGGGACAAUCAUUCAAGCUAUUCAAAACGAAUCAGGUGCCCAUAUAGCAAUUGGAGCUCCCAUUUUAGAUUGUGAUGAAAGAUUGAUCACCAUUUCUGCAAUGGAGAGUGCAGCAGAGUCACGAAUUUCGGCUUCACAAAAUGCAGUGAUUCUUAUAUUCAAUAGGUGUGUGGAGUCUGGGUUUCAAAAGGGGAUGGAUAUGGCAUCAUCAAGUGGGGCCCAGGUUUCUGCUAGACUUGUGAUUUCACAAAACCAAAUGGGUUGUCUGUUGGGUAAAGGUGGGUCCAUAGUUGCAGAUAUGAGAAAGAUGAUUGGUGCUUUUAUAAAGAUAGUUGGUGAUCAUCAAGUUCAUAUGUGUGCACCUGAAACUGAUCAAGUAGUGUUGGUUAGCACCAUUUCUUGA